UGUCAUCCGGGAAUGUGACCUUAGGGAGUACCGGAAGCCAACAAAGAUGGAGUGACAGCAAAAACCAGCCGACGUCUUCCUUUUGUUUUAAACUUGAUCAAACACUUCCAGAAACCCCAAUUUCUCGCUGUAAACUUGGAAAAAGACUCCGCCAAGGUGGCAGGGUUCUCGGAGAAGUGGUCUGUGACGGGGGACGGCCGGAGGAUGCCGUGGUUAACCCUGAAACGCGCGCCGAAGACGUUCGACGUGCGAGUCACCACCAUGGACGCGGAGAUGGAGUUCAGUCUCGAGUGGAAGUCCACGGGACGGCACCUGUUUGACCUGGUAUGCCGCACCAUCGGCCUGAGGGAGACAUGGUACUUUGGUCUGCAGUACAUCGACAAGAAGGGCUACACGGCCUGGCUCAAGUUCGACAGAAAGGUACGAGACCAGGACCUGCCCCAUGAAGAACCCGUUAAUUUCCUGUUCAUGGCCAAGUUCUACCCUGAAGCUGUGGAGGAGGAACUCAUCCAGGAGAUUACACAGCAUCUCUUCUUCCUGCAGGUGAAACAGUGUAUCCUGAACAUGGAUAUCUACUGCCCUCCCGAGGCCUCAGUUCUGCUGGCGUCAUACGCGGUACAGGCCAAGUAUGGAGACUACGACCGGUCUGUCUACCAGCCAGGCUUUCUCUGUAACGAUGACCUUCUGCCACAAAGGGUGCUUGACCAGUACAAGAUGACCCCCCAGAUGUGGGAAGAGAGGAUUGUGGGUCUGUAUGCUGAUCACAGAGGCAUGACCAGGGAUGAAGCAGAGAUGGAGUACCUGAAGAUAGCUCAGGACCUGGAGAUGUACGGGGUCAACUACUUCCACAUCAAGAAUAAGAAGGACACAGACCUGUGGCUGGGGGUGGAUGCCCUGGGUGUGAACGUGUAUGAGUAUAACAACAGACUCACACCUAAGAUAUCCUUCCCCUGGAGCGAGAUCAGGAACAUAUCCUUCCACGACAAGAGGUUUGUUAUCAAACCGGUGGACAAGAAGGCACCAGAUUUUGUGUUUUUUGCGCCCAAACUGCGAGUGAACAAGCUGGUCCUGGAGCUGUGUGUGGGGAACCAUGAACUCUUCAUGAGGAGGAGAAAACUGGACUCCAUGGAGGUACAACAGAUGAAGGCUCAGGCCAAGGAGGAAAAAGCCAGAAAACAGAUUGAAAGAGCGAGAUUACUCCGGGAAAAGCAGCUAAGAGAAGAGGCAGUUAGGGAAAAGGAAGAACUAGAGAGAAAAUUAGCACUUUUUCAGGAUGAAGCUAGGAUGGCCAACGAUGCAUUAUUAAGAUCAGAAGAGACAGCGGACCUGCUUGCUGAGAAGGCUAAGAUAGCGGAGGAGGAGGCCAUGCUGCUGGCACAGAAAGCUGCUGAGGCUGAACAGGAGAUGAACAGGCUUCAGGUGUCUGCUCUUAGGAGUGAAGAAGAAAAAGUAGUUUUAGAACACAGGGUACGGGAGACAGAACUCAUCGCCUUGAGAAUAGCAGAAGACUCGGAGAGGCGAGCCAAGGAGGCGGAGGAACUGAAGGAACAGCUGAUCAAGGCCAAGGAGAACGAGAAAUUUGCCAAAGACAAGCUGAUAGAGCUCACGAGGAACCCUUUGAAUGACACUUUGGGCUCGGAGACAAAAACUGAACAAAAAAAGGAGACUCAAUAUGGUUAUCCACAGUUUAACUACAUGACGGGAGAUGCCAUAACCAACGAGCAUCUGCGAGAGUUGGACAUGAGAUUAGAACACGAGCUGUCCCUGUCCAUGGACAGUGCUGACAACUCCAUGGAACUACUGAGUGACAACGAUGUGGAACAGCUGUCAAGGGAAAUAGAAAAAGAAAGGAUGGAAUAUAUGGAAAAAAGCAAACAUCUUCAAGAACAGUUGAGCGAGUUGAAGAAAGAGAUUGAAGUCCUGAAAGAUGAGGACAAGGAGACUCAGUACGACAAGCUGCACAACAUCAACGUAGAGAUGGGAGAGACAAAAUACUCCACCCUGAAAAGAAUUAAGGCUGGAACGGCCAAAGCACGGGUUGCCUUCUUUGAGGAACUAUAAGAAAAAUUAAUAUAAGAAAGGGAACUACCAGAUCCAGGGUGACCUUCUUCGAAGAAUUGUAGAGAUUUUUAUAUGCUAAGAAAAAAAUCUACCCACCACCGCAUGAUAUACAGAAUGAUACAUGUUGUAUCUUCUACCCGGCCAGCAGUAGACAGAAGGAAAAACCUGCCAUGAGUCCCUCUUACAUGUACAAUGUCUUCCCAGUACAUGUGUAAAGUGCUGCAUCACAAAUUUACUCAAACUCUUCUCUUUUAUAAAAUUAAUUUGUGGUAGCUUUUGAAAGAUUUUGUGACUAAGGAGAAAAGGGGAUAUCGAAUCUGACCUUUUACAUACUAUUGUUACAUAGAUAGGUCUGUGGAAGCCAUUGUUUUGUGCCAAAUUUUCUUAAACUUACACAGAUACAACCAGACAGCCAUAAACAAUGUAACCACCUUCAGUGCCUGGUUUUUCACUCAAAAAAGUCAUGUUUACUCCU